GGAAGCCUCGGCUCUCGCGAGGAUGCUCCCGGAGCUCCCCUCUUCCCGAGGAGGACCGUCACGUGACUCGGUCUCACCCAAUCCGCGCGUGGGCCGCGGGGGUCGCCGCGGUUCCCGCCAAAUACGAGCGCUGCGGCCGCGGCAGUAGCGGCGCGGGCGGGAGGGCGAGCAGCAGCGGCCGCCUGAGCGGAGCCCGCGCCUCCGCCGCCUGAGGGGAGCUCGAGACGCCGCCAGAGCAAUGCUGGAGGAGCCGGAGUGCGGGGCGCCGGGCGCCCGCGGAGCGGCCGCAGCCAUGGAUUGCAAAGACAGACCAGCUUUUCCAGUCAAGAAGUUAAUACAAGCUCGUCUGCCGUUCAAGCGCCUGAAUCUUGUCUCAAAGGAGAAGACCGACGACGGGUUGGACGACAUGGGGGGCGCUCAGGGUGCUCCUGUGCAGGGUCAUGUCCCUGGUUUAGAGACCUCUUUGGACCACUUGGAGGACAGCUGUCACAUGGGCUCCGACAUAGAUUUUAGGCCGAAACUUGUCAACGGGAAGGGCCCCUUAGAUAACUUUUUAAGAAGUCAAGUCGAAACCAGUAUUGGCCAGACUGUGGUCAUAAUCGAUUUGACGGAGGACUCGAGUGACCCGCCGGACGGCACCAUGGGCCACGAUAAGCUAAAUUCUGCAGCCUCUCCCUCCCAGGAGAAUGUAAACGGGGUCACAGACGAAGCUGGAGAUGACAGGGGGCUGCCAAUGGUCAGUCAGAAGGACGAGCUGGCGUUUCCCGAAGAGGCCCUUUCAGACCUCCCGUGCAAAACGGAGGCGGGGGGUGCUGACUCGGGGGGCGUGGAGAGGAGGGGACUUUCACAGAAGGGCUCGCCCCAAAGCCUUCCUGAGCUGACCGGUGGCCUGAGAACGUGCUCAGAGAAGGACCAGGACGGCUGGAGCGGGGCCAGGGGCAUCCUGUUCAAAGGGAAGGUGCCCGUGGUUGUCCUACAGGAUAUCCUGGCUGCCAGAACCCGAGCCAAGUCUCCUCCUGCCACACCUCCGGGCCAGGCUGUGCCCUCCGAGAGCGAGGCGCUGGAGUCCAGCCCCGAAGAGGACUCUGUCCUGAGCCAUUCGUCCCUGAGCUCCUCCUCUCCCACCAGCUCACCCGAGGGGCAGUCUGCACCCGCCAAGCAGCACAGCAGCCCUAGCCCCCUCCCUGCCUCCACACCCGUCCGCAGAAUAAGUAAGAAAUUGGUCAGAGGCUCUGCAGAGAAGAACAAGAUGAGACCGCAAAGAGAUAAGGAGCGCCUGGGCAAGCAGCUGAAGCUCCGGGCCGAGAAGGAGGAGAAGGAGAAGCUGAGGGAGGAGGCCAGGCGGGCCAAGGAGGAGGCCAGAAAGAAGAGGGAGGAGGAGAAGGAGCUGAAGGAGAAGGAGCGGCGCGAGAAGCGGGAGAAGGAUGAAAAGGAGAAGGCAGAGAAGCAGCGGCGCAAGGAGGAGCGGCGCAAGGAGCGCCAGGAGGCCCUGGAGGCUAAGCUGGAGGAGAAGCGGAAAAAGGAAGAGGAGAAACGGUUGAGAGAAGAAGAAAAGCGCAUUAAAGCCGAGAAGGCGGAAAUCACGAGGUUCUUUCAGAAACCAAAGACUCCACAGGCCCCCAAGACCCUGGCCGGUUCCUGUGGGAAGUUUGCCCCUUUUGAAAUCAAAGAGCACAUGGUCCUCGCCCCUCGCUGUCGGACCGCCUUCGACCAAGACCUCUGUGACCAGUUAGACCAGCUCCUCCGGCAGCAGAGCGGCGAAUUCUCCUUCCUGAAAGAUCUGAAGAGCCGGCGGCCCCUCAGGUCCGGGCCCACCGUGGUUUGUAACCAGAACACAGAGCUUUUUAACAGCGGCGUGGUGAUCUUGGAGAGCAGCAAAGUGGACAGCGUCCCCGAAAGGAGGAGGUUUGGCAGGAUGAAGCUGCUGCAGUUUUCCGAGAACCACCGGCCGGCCUACUGGGGGACGUGGAACAGGAAGACGACGGUCAUCCACCCGAGGGACCCCUGGGCCCAGGACCGGAGCCUCCUUGACUACGAGGUGGACAGCGACGAGGAGUGGGAGGAGGACGAGCCGGGGGAGUCCCUCUCCCACAGCGAAGGGGAUGACGACGAUGAGGUGGGAGAGGAUGAGGAUGAGGACGAUGGUUUCUUCGUGCCCCAUGGGUACCUGUCUGAGGAUGAAGGAGUAACUGAGGAGUGUGCCGACCCGGAGAACCACAAGGUUCGCCAGAAACUGAAGGCCAAGGAGUGGGACGAGUUUCUGGCCAAGGGGAAGAGGUUCCGCAUCCUCCAGCCCGUGAAGAUCGGCUGUGUCUGGGCGGCCGACAGGGAUAGUGGAGCUGACCUGAAGGUGCUGCAGCAGUUCACGGCCUGCCUGCUGGAGACCGCGCCCCCCGAGGAGGAGCAGACACCCAAGGCCUCCAAGAAAGAGAAGAAGGACCAGCAGAUUUUGGCCCAGCUGCUCCCGCUGCUGCACGGGAACGUGAAUGGCAGCAAAGUGAUCAUCCGGGAGUUCCAGGAGUGCUGCCGCCGAGGACUGCUCAGCAAGGACGCCGGCAGCCCUGAGCUCAGCGCCGCCAGCCCCCCGAGCCCUGGCCAUUCCCGCCCACAGACCCCCACCGCCGGCGAGGACACCGCCGUCCCCUCCAAGGCCAGGCUCAAGCGGAUUAUUUCUGAGAACUCAGUGUAUGAGAAGAGACCCGACUACAGGAUGUGCUGGUACGUCCACCCACAGGUGCUAAAGAGCUUUGCCCAGGAGCACCUGCCCGUGCCCUGCCAGUGGAGUUACGUCACCACAGUGCCCUCGGCCACCAGGGAGGACAGUGGCAGCGUCCCCGCCGCAGGGCCCAGCCAGGGGACGCCUGUCUCGCUCAAGAGGAAGUCGGUGGGCAGCAUGUGCAUCACGCAGUUCAUGAAGAAGCGCCGGCAUGAUGGGCAGGUCGGAGCUGGGGACCUGGACGGCUUCCAGGCGGACACAGAGGAGGAGGAGGAGGAGGAAGGCGACUGUGUGAUCAUGGACAUCUCGGAUGUUGGGGACAUCCAGGCCCCGUGUGGAACAACUCCUGGAGCUGGGGGGUCUGUGGGAAUGAACACCAGUGAGAGCCUCGUGGCCUCCAGCUCGCUCGGCCCCUCCUGAGCGCCCCGACUGGCCCGUGUAUGUACGUAGAAUGGUUAGGGUAUUUUCAAUGCCACUCAGAUACUUGAAAGUCCCGAUUCCUGUGUAAAGAGCACUUUGUCCUGCUUUGCAGACCUCCUUGGAAGUUUGGAAAGUUUCAUAUAGGAUGCUUGAUUAGAUCUUUUUGAGAUUUGUAAAAAUUUCCCCCCCAAAGCUGCAUAUUAUUCUGUCCCUUAAUAAAGCAUUAUUGUGAUGUGAUGACCUGCACGGGGAAAUCCUGGUUGUGCUCUCCAGACCCCUGGCAGGCACUGUGAUGAGAUGCUUGUAAAUGAAUUGAAGCCCCUUGGGUGCGGCGUGGCAUCCGGACCUGACAUGGAUGUGUAUAAACUAUCGUCUAGACUGA